AUGAAGGCACACUCUGUACUCGCCUUGAUCACCAUCGUUGGGGGCUUGGUACAAGCUCUUCCAAACAACAUUGCUGCUCGUGACCGCGAUGGCGAUGAUUGGCGUGACGUCGAGCGAAAGUUCAAAGACGAGUACCAUGAUGUGAAGGACAAGUUCCACAAGUGGGACGACCAUCGCAUGAAGCUGAAAGUACGAGAUGCGGAUGAUGGGCCAGACGACGGUCCGCAUGAUGGUCCGGAUGGCGGAAAAGGCAAAGGCAAGGACAAAGGUAAAGACAGAUAUGGCGACGAUGGUCCGGAUGGUGAUGACCGAGACGAACGAGAAAAAGACGACGGACCAGAUGGUGAUGACCGCGACGAGAGGGAGAAGGACGACCGCCCAGAUGAAGACGGCGACGGCCCCGAUGGUGAUCGCCCUGAUGAAGAUGGCCCAGACAACUACGGCGACCGCGAAAACAACCACAAUAACAGAUACGACGAAGACGGACGGCCACAAGACAACAACAAUAACAACAAUUGGAACGACGUCCAGCCUCCUCGUCUGUAG